UCAGUCAUAGUAGCUUCUAGCUUCGCGAGGACGCCAAAGCCAAAACAAACAACCCUUCUCUCUAAUCUCAAACCCUCCUCAUUACGGGCCUAUAAAACCCCUCCCUGAAUCCCCUCACUUUCCCUCCCGUUCUUCAUAUUUGAAUUUUUCCCGCUUUGGUUUUUGGAUCCCUGAGAGAUGGCGAGCGACGCGGAGAUCGGCGAGAUGGAGGGCUGGGAAACGCCGAAGAGAGGAGAGUGCCGGAUUCCGGCCGUGAUCUCUUGUCCACCACCACCGAAGAAGAAGUCUCCGGCGUUCACGAAGAGGAGAGAUCCGCCGAAGAAUGGCUACUUCCACCCACCUGAUCUCGAGGCGCUUUUCGCCCUAGCGCCACGCCAGAGAGAGGCUUGCGCUUGAGUAAACCCAGCUUGUAGAUAUUGGUGGUGCCGGUGAUGAUCUUGUACUCUAGGGCUUGAGGUUAAUUUCCUCUCUGUUUCUCCCUUCCCCCCUUCUUAUAUCUCUAUUGUAAACUAUUUUUCCUUCUUCUUCUUUUUCUUCUUGGUUGUAAUAGUUUUGAUCUAGCUUUCAGGGUUUGUGUAAUACUUUGUGUUUUGGCUUUGAUCUUAGCAUCAACUUCAGAUUCAGAUUCAUCAGUCAUGUCAAUCACUAGUGCGUCCAUGAUUUCCUUGUUUUCUUCA